GCAGCCCGCGGGAAAGCUGCAGGCUCCGCUGGGCUAUCAAGCAUAGUAGCCUCCGACAGGGGCCGAGGAGGAGGGCGGGUAGGGGAGAAUCGCAGCUUGAUGGGCUUGGGGUGGGUGUUGAGUUGAGGCUUUUGUUUGCUGGGAUUGACCCCUCCACAUAAUGGAUUAGCGGAGAAUCAAUCUUAACCGCAAGGCACGGCUGGCUCCUUUGGCGCGUUUCUCUGGCUUUCUCGGCUGGGGCAGCCAGUUAGUCUGCCGCAGAGUGUUGUGGCACCUCGAGGCUGGCGCAGUUGUCGUGGAACGAAGACGCUUUCGUGGAACGAAGCCCACGUCAUCAGUGUUAUCCUCACCUGCAGUAACCACCCACUUGCCUAUCUGCCAAUCCAAACUGAUGCUGGUUGUGGGACAGCCCCUCUUGCCAUGAUAAAAAGGCAAGAUGCUGAAGCUGAAUGAGUCAAGAGCAGCUGCAGCCGCAGAAUAAGAAUAAGAUCAGCACCAUGAAAAACCCCAUGUAUGAAAUAGCAUCCCUGCUACUGGAAAAGUUUCUGCUGCUUGCCAAUUUCAAACUUCUCGGUGUGGGCUCCGGUGCAGAGGAAGAAGAGAAGAAGAAACAAUGCUGUUAUUAUGAUACCACCUAUUUCAAGCCAGGUGAUUUGCUGGAGGUGCCCCGAACACUCUUCAUUCAUUUUGGCAUCUAUCUGGGGGAUAACCGGGUGGCUCACCUUAUGCCAGAUAUCCUGCCUGCUCUCACCAACGACCAAAAACAGAUCCAGAAGGUGGUGACUAACAAGAGACUAAUCUUUGGUGUCAUCGCUAAAAUGGCCAGGAUCCGUGUGGACACAGUGGAGGACUUUGCCUAUGGAGGCUCUAUUCUGGUAAACCACAUGGACAAACUCUUCAAGAACAACGUCCUGCGUGAUGAAGAGGUGGUUUGCAGAGCAGAAAAGCUGGUGGGUGCCACUGAAUACAGCUUGCUGUGGAACAACUGUGAACAUUUUGUGACCUUCUGCAGAUAUGGCUCUCCGGUCAGCUUCCAGACUGAGAAGUUCUGUGAAACGGUGAAGAUGAUUAUUCGGGACCAGAGGAGUGUUCUUGCUUCAGCAUUGCUGGGACUGGUUUCUAUACUCUGCCUGGGUCUGGCACCUUCUACUACCCUCCCUACCAUCAUUAUUCCAUUCAUUUUGUGGAUGGCGGGUUAAAGGCAUCCACAUAGCUUGUUAGAAGUUGUAAAUAGAAUGUACAAUGUAUUUAUGAAAGUUCAAACACCUUUCCAGUAUCAUGUACAGAAGAAAAAUGUGGCAUCCAGUUGUGUAAUGAUUUAAAUGCAUCAUUGGCCAGAAUAUGUAAUAGCUUACUGUGUAAGCCACUGGAUUUUGUGAAAAUCUUUCUAGAAGGCAAAUUUAGCAAUGGGUUCAUGGGAUUUACUCCCAAGCUAGCAUUCCUAAACUGCAUUCCUAAGCUCAAAAGUGAAUUCUAAUGAAAUUUAUAGGUCUAACUCCCAAGUAAAUGUGCAUAGGUUUGGACAAUAGGGGUAAUAUGGGACAAUAGGGGCAAUAGAGGUGUCUUUCAGAAUAUCAGUGAAACAGGGUAUUAGAGUCCUUAGCUAGUUGAGAGGGGACAAAUAGGGAACGAAAGCAUGCUACUAGCAUUCAGCAUCUCUUCCAGUUGUACUUUGAAGUCUGUUGUUUCUAAACCAAAUGCAGUGGGAAUAAAAUAAGUCCAGAUGUGUGUUUUUAUUGUUGCAUAUUUAACAACUUCUGACCGGUUCACCUCUGCUUUUUUACAUUUCUAAUUUUAGACUCUGGGCUUUACAGGGGCCACCUCUUUAGACAGUAAUGUGUAUUACUUCACUUACUUCAAAGCCAGCCCUGCUGCAUUGGGGGGGGGGAACCCUCCUGCUCAUUCUGCUGAGAGGGGCCCUGGACUUCUGUCCCAAAGUCCUGCCAGUGAGUUUUAUAAAGUGGGAAGUUAAUUCACCAAGAGGUUCUCCAUUUAAAUUACAAAACUGCCUCCCACCAUCCUGCCUGGAUUUAAGGGCUGUGAAAAAACUGCACCUCCCUAGAGCUGUCCCUGUUAUUAAAUGUUAUAAAUCACGCCAGAAGUUUCUGAAGUGUAGACUAAAACAGUUUGACUGGUACAAGUGGUUAACAAGCAAGCAAAAAAGAGAGAGAAAGACUGUGUUUUGAGGGAAGAUGAAAGGAGACUGCCUUGCUCUUUAAUCUUUUCUUGACAAUGAGACCAAUCAGGUUGCAAAUCAUGAAGCUGCUUUAUGACAGCUAAUGCACUGGGAAGUGGGAAGCAUGUGUCAUCAUUGUGUCCAGGGCCAGAGCUGCCAUUAGAAGGGGUGAAACAGCCUGCACCAGGCAGCAGAUUUCAGGUGUUGUAAAAAGUGUGGCAAAUUGUCUGUUACUUGGACCGCAGUGCUGAGUACACUUACGUAGGCGCUACCACAGAGCGAUCAAGAACAAAAAAGAUCGCUUGUGGGGUCAGAGCAAAGCCCACCAGCAAGGCCUCUCCCUUGUUGAUUCCUAGCAAGCUGGAGGUAUUGAUAGAU